AUGAAUGCUAAGCUUGUUUGUGGUGUAUGGUUUUAUUACUAGUUUAUUAAACCUAGCAGCGGUGAGCUAGGUUGUUUCCUGGCUAGCUAGCUAGUGUUAGCUUAUAACAGGAGAAGAGAAGAAAACUUAAUUAUGUUAUUUCUGGUUCAUUUUUAGCUGCUUUCUAGUUGUUCGCUGGCCUUCUUUAAACAAUACAGACUACCCAGGUGUACAGAGAAGAAUGAGUUCAAGAACUGAACAUCGAGGAAUCUACGUGGAUCAGGCAGCCCUGCUCUGCAGUAAAGGCUGUGAUUUUUAUGGCAAUUCAACCUGGGGAGGUCUGUGUUCCAAAUGUUGGCGCGAGGAGAACCAGAAGGCACGAGCCAAGCAGAUAGAGGAGGACCACGCACUAGCAGAGAGACUGCAAAGAGAAGAAGAGGCAGCCUGUGCGGGUAGCAACCAGGGGGCGCACUCAGGGAACUCGUCCACCCGGCUGAGCAAACCGGAAGAGAAAAGGAAUAGUCAAAAAUCACGCACUGUCCCCACAGGAAAGAAAUUUUUCACCACACUUGCGAAGACAACCCUAGGGAGAGAUGUCAAUGUUCCCAGCCAGCCAGCUCCCACCACCUCCAUCAGCCAGCAGCCUGUUGCAGACUCAGACCAAGCCACAAGACAGUUCAUCGAUUUCCUGAAGACCCUGCAAAAGCCUGGCCGGGAUAUUUUCAAACAGUGUCAUUCUUUCUGUUAUAGUGUAUCUUACAAGAAGGAUCUUGGUGCAGAGGAUCUUUCAGAAUCUGUGCAAGACUUUUACCAGAACUUGUCUGACCGCUUACACAAUGUCUACAAAGGGAGUCCAGAGCGAGUAGAGGCAAUAAUGGAUGAAGUGGAGAGGUACAUAACGCUGCAGUUGUAUGAACAGGCUUUCUGUCCUGAAUCCGCAGAUGAUGAGGUCAAAGACUUGGCCAUCCAGAAGAGAAUCAGGGCUUUGCACUGGGUUACGGUUCAGAUGCUGUGUGCCCCACUAAAAGAGGAGAUCCCUGCAGUGUCAGACAGUCUGGACAAGGCCAUUACUGAUAUAAUUGAGAUGGACUCCAAGCGUGUGCCCAAGGAUAAGCUGAGUUAUGUCACCAGGUGCAGCAAGCACAUCUUCAGUGCAAUAAAGCGCAGCAAGAGAGAGGCCGCGUCGGCUGACGACUUCCUCCCAGCGCUCAUAUAUGUGGUGCUGAGGGCCAACCCACCCCGGCUGCAGUCGAACAUCCAGUAUAUCACGCGCUUCUGCAACCCCAGACGCCUCAUGAGCGGCGAGGACGGAUAUUAUUUCACCAACCUGUGCUGUGCAAUAGCUUUCAUAGAAAAGCUGGAUGCUCAGUCUCUAAACCUGAAUCCAGAGGAAUUUAAACUCUACAUGUCUGACCAGGCUUCCCCUGACAGGCCCCAGGCCCCUGGAAUCUCUUGUCCCUCAUCCUCUUCAUCACGGAGUGGCCCCAGAGCGGACAGGCCAGAGAAUGACCUCAUCGACUGGGGAGAUGGAGUGGAGGCCUCUGUUCAGGAUGUCCUGGAAGGGCUUCAACUGGACUCUUGCGCUCCAUCCACCUCUGCAAUCGACUCAGACAAUGUAGACAGUGAGGGGCUACCGCCUCCUCUACAGCCUCAGGUUUUUGCUGGGUAGCUCUGUACCAGAUCACACCACCCACUGAGUUCCUCUGUAAUUGACUGUUGAUAUUUAACAUGCCCCUGUGUGGGGGCCCUACUGACUGCAGGCUAAUAUGAAGUGGGUGAUGGCGUCCUCACAUAAUCAGCAAUCUGUCUCCUUAUCUUUCCAUUAUUAGGGGAAAGGGAUUUGCACAUUUUUAUUCUGUUACAGCUGAGCUCAGCACUCUCAGAAUUUACGUUUUAGGUAAAACUUCACAUGUUGUGAUAGAUUUAGCCAUCAUUCUAGAGUGAAAGCACACAAGAGGUUUUCCAUUGCCAAGCUAACCUUCCGUCAGUAUGUUUGACAGGCAUUAGCAAUGGGAAGCAAAAUAAUAGUAAAAGUUAAAAGUGCCAUUUGUAAUAAUUAAAGGAAAAGGAAAAAUGUGAUUCACAAAAUUAACAUUCAUCAGAUCUUUUUAGUUCACUAUGGCUCUCGUUUACUUUUUUCCGGCCCUGAAAUUAGCUCCGCCCCCUGAGACGGCGAAAAGUUUAAUUUAUUUUAUUCAUUUUAUUGCAGUUGCAGUUCAUCUGACAGGCACCUAAGGACUUUAAAAAUGAUAAAUUGCUCCUGUAAAGGUAGCAAGCUGCAUGGUAACAAGAAGAAAGCUUCACUGAAAUUCAUAAACUUUGAGCAUGGAUUCGUGUAGUUAAUACGAAAUUCCACUGGAUAUUUCAGAUGGCAUCUGAUGGGACACUUCUAUAAAUUGCUAUGAUGAAUCAGUGGGAUUCGACAGGAUUCUUCAGAGUGUUUAACUAGCAUCAGCCUCAUUAUUUAAAAAAAAAAAAAAAAAAGUAAUGUAAAAAUCUGUUGAUUCUGUAAAUUUUUAAAGAAGUGACCCACACCAAGAGAGAAGAAACAUGUAUGCAUGAGAAAUUAAAUGUUUCUUAUGAGGCAAUCUGCAAUAUUUAAGCAGUAAACAUGGCUUCAGUUUGAUGAAGCUAGGUUUUAUUCAAUGUCUGGAAGGCAAGUGAGCAGGUUAUUCUGGACCAUUUGACCAUUUAUAAUCAACGUGACCUCUGUGUGCAUUCACAGCUCAUUGAAUGAGUGUUGGCCAACUCUCUCAGUCAUCCUUUCACUGCCUUGAGGUAGCUAUAUUUAUGCACUUUUAACCUAUUUGCUUUAAGGAAAUUCGCUUGAAAGAAACUAUAUUUAAAGCAGUUUGUUUUUCGUUUCACAUAGCGAAGCCUGGUCAAAAUGCAUUUAUUGUUACUUUUUAUUCAUAAGAAAAUAUGAAUAUGGAGAAUUGAAGUAUUAAUCAGGGAUAUACCUUCCUCUUCUGUACAGGUGAUUGAAUUUCUGUAGGAUUUUAUCUUAUGCACAGAUUUCAUGAUAUUUAUUAGAGUAUUUAAUUGAUUUUGUUUAACUGAUAUUGCGAUCUUGCAGUCAAUUUGGUCAGUGGAUUAUAAACUUUCAAAAUUUAAGGAGUGUGAUUUUAAUUUUAGCAUUAUUUCAUUUUAAUCCGACUUGUCUAACAUGCACACUGUGCAUUGUAUUGCAGUUAUAACGUUGAUGAUGCACUGUGAACAGGUUUAAUUCAGCCAACACCAGCUCCUCCCCAAAGCAGUUGUAUUACUUGUUUCAAUAGACACUACAGUUUAAAUGCUGCAUUCAGGAUACUAUUUAAUACAUUUAUCCACCAACAAUGCGAUGUUAAACAAUACUUCUAUAAGGUUUAAAGGCUUUUUUUUUUUAACUGGACCACUAAUCAGGAUUUGCUGAAAUAGCAGCCCAAUAAAUUCAGUAGCAAUGGCUUGAAUUUUCAGCACUUCCUGAUUUGAGUUUUAAAAAACUACUAAAUCUUCCUUAUUCUGCAGUAUGGGAUAAAGAGCAGUCAUUUUUAAUACACAAUAUUGAUGCUGUCUUAAGUAAACCUCCGUUAUUAUGAUUGUUGUAUUUCAACAUUCUGGAAAGAUGAACGCCAAAUGCCUCCACUUGUAUUCGUUCAGAGUAUGCUUGAGGUCUGCGAGCCGAACUGCUUGAUGAUAUAUGACCUAACUGUAGUUAAAGGUCAUAGGACAGGGCAUGGAUGUAUAUUGUUGAUCGUUGUAGAGUGCAUCAGAAUUGCGUCUGUAUUUAUGUAUGUUAAAAAUAGAUAAUGUAAUUAACAAGACAUUUUUGCCACAUGCAUCUAGUGCAUAUAUUCCUGCAACAUUAUUAGGUUAUGCCCAAGUACAGGUGUGGCAGUUCAUUGUAAAGGUCUAAUGGCUAUUUAUGCAGUGAAACCUUAAAAAUCUGAAAAU